AUGUUACAAAUCUGGGUCAAUCUUAUCCCUCUUUGUGUCUCUGGCAUAGCUUGGGCUCAUGAUGCCGGACUACAACAAAAUACUCUUCAAUUUGACCUCACUUUCGACACCGAUCCUCAGAUAGGCCUCUCUGAAGAACCGUGGACCUCCAAAUACGGUGCUCAGAACGAUUUGGGCUACAGCGGACCUUUGAGUUUCUCGCACUUCAAUUACAAGAAAUGCCUGGAAGACGCCAGCGUUCCCUUCGACAUUGGUAUCAUUGGAUUUCCCUUCGAUACUACAACAAGUUUCCGCCCUGGGGCACGUUUUGGACCAUACGCGAUACGUUCGGGAUCGCGAAGACAGUCUCUUGGUGCAGGAAGAGGUUACACGCUGGCCUGGGGAAGUAGCCCUUCAGAUUAUGGCUCUAGCCUCUUGGACUGUGGCGACGUGCCGAUUUCCGCUUAUGAUAAUGCAAAAGCAAUCGAUCAAAUGGAAGCUGCCUAUUCGACAUUGCUCUCCCGGCCCGUGUUUGGAGGUACCUCCGAGGUUUACAAAGAGAAAACUCGAGCCUUCUCCCUCGAUGGCAAGGAACAUCCCAGAAUUGUCACUCUGGGGGGUGAUCAUACCAUCGUUCUUCCUAUUCUCAGAGCGUUGCACAAGGUGUAUGGACCCGUAUCUGUCAUUCACUUUGACGCCCACCUGGAUACUUGGCCUCCAAGGGGAACCACUGUCCAGGAGGGUAUCACUCAUGGAUCGUUCUUUGCCGUCGCCGCUGAAGAAGGUUUAUUGACAAACACUAGCAUACAUGCCGGAAUCCGAUGCAAGAUGUUUGGCAUGGAAGAUAUAGAACACGAUGAUACCGUUGGAUUCCAGGUGAUUAGUACAGAAGAUAUCGAUGACUAUGGAAUCAAGAAGGUUAUUGAGAAAAUUCGACAACGGAUUGGGGAUAAACCAGUGUAUUUAAGUUUGGAUAUUGACGUAGUAGAUCCCGGUCAAGCCCCAGCAACUGGUACCCCUGAAGUAGGAGGUUGGACAACCCGUGAAGUCAAGCGUAUACUUCGGGGACUUAGUGGAGGCGUAGACAUUGUGGAGGUUGCUCCAGCUUACGAUAACGCGGAUAUCACUGGUAUUGCCGCUGCCGACAUUGUACAUGACUUUCUGUCUAUGAUGUUGGUAGACGGGCCUCCGCAACCCCAUGUUGGCCCCUUCAGCAAGACCGAUUUGUUACUUUGA